AAGUGGUGUCCCAGCCUUCCAGGCAGGAAUAAAUACAUUUAAUUAGUAGGGUGGUGUUAAUUUUAUUUUAUAUAAUUUAGAAAUUAGUGAGUGUAGUGUUAGAUGGUAGGGUAUUUAUUUAGUACAUUUUUAUUUUUCAAGCAAAGUAUAAGGGAGUUGUACUCCAGUCUAGUGGGUGGCGGUAAUGCAACAAAUUGGAUACCAACCGCCGUUAAACCUCACAAAAUAAGAAGUAAUAUAAUUACGUGGGGGACUUUUAUUCUGAAAUUCCGUUAAGGGAAUAAGCUACUGUUUUUAUGUCGCUGGUAGAUGGAUAAAUUAUAAAUAUCGUUGGCCAGACUGUAGCCACCAAAUUUAACGAAAUACCCGAAAGGAGGCUUCUUGAAAGAAUAAACUUCUCUGUGCUCUGGAUGUUUGAGGAUGGAGGACAGUGAGGGAAACAGCUCUGCACACCAAGGAUCUGGUGAUGGAGCUAUGAACUUAUAUGCCACUCUGGGGCUCUCUCCAGAAGACGUGGAUGCUCUGGCCCAGAUUCCAGAGAAUGAGAUCAGUGUGGAGACGUUGCCUUAUCUGAUAAUGCAACUGAAGGCCAAACGAGCCAAGCAAGAGGAGCAGGGACAGGCCUCCCCAAAGAGAGACAGUCGGCAGGAGGAUACAGAUGGAAUCCUUAGCAAACGGGACAGUCCCCCUGCAGUACCUCGCCGGUCAAACAGCCAUUGUGACACUGAUUAUAGGAGAGCGGAGAUUCACAGUCGACCAGAGCGUACUGAGUCAAGGAGAGAUUCCCGUCACAAUUGGUCCUCAAGGGAAAAACCACCCGACACCCAGCAAAGGUUUCCUUUCUCCUAUCAAGUGGAUGAUUUUCAUGGAGUUGUGCCCACGAUUUACCCACACACAUGCUCUCUAUGCUUAUGCAUGUUGAGUUCUACUAAGGCAUGGAAGGAUCAUCUCAAUGGAUUAAGCCACGCGGAGGGCUGUCGAGAACUCCUGCGUCUAUAUCCAGAUUGGAAAAGACAUACCCGGAAGGAAAUGUCCGACUCCAUCCCAAGUAGAGAUGCUAUUUCACCGCCCAGGAGAACGCCACGUCCUGCUAUGCCUUACAAGAGACAACAUAGCUCAGACCGCGUAGGAGGUGAAGUCUGGUCUGCACCAGAAAGACACCAUUUGAAGCCCAAGGUUGGCACAAAGGUGGUGGUUACAAAAUUUCCCCUUGGCUCUGUUGGUGUAGAAGACUUGAUGGCUUUGGCUAAGCCAUUCGGCACAGUUGUAAAACAUCUGGUGUUCCCCUGCAAGGGAUUCCUGGAGUUUGAUUCUCACAAAGAGGCUGUCAAUAUGGUGAAUCACUUCAGUGAAAAGCAAGCAUUCGUGAAGGGAAAUAGGUUGACUCUGUACCUGUCACCGAUGGUGUGCAGUAUUCAUCCGCCAAGGUUGGAUGAACCACCAGAAAAACGGCAGACCAAACAAGUUGCCAAUACAGUGGUUUGUUUUUCCCACCUACCUCCUGGGAAGGAAAGAGAAUCUGAGAUUAUUGAUCUCGCCAAGAUGUUUGGGGAUGUGCGGCAUUCAACAUUUUCAAGUGAUCAGGCCCUGAUUGAGAUGGUAGAUUGGAAGGAUGCUGACAUUAUGGUGAAGUACUACCACUCCAACCCCCUAAAGAUCAAUGGAAAGAGUGUCAAAGUAUACUUGUCACUGAAACGCCUGAGAGAAAGUCCUGACUCCACCACAUCCAGAAGAGCAGAUUCCAGUAAAGGCCGCAGCAGCAGACCCAAGAGUGAGGAGACUAGCAAGACCUCAAACUCCACGAACAAAGAGAAACCCAGUACAGACAAACAACCUGCUGAGAAAGUGACGGAACAAGGAGAAGGUCAACAAAGCACCUCAGAAGAGGUCAAGGAAGUGGUCAAGCAGGACAUCAAGGAGGGGGAGAUUGAGGGGUUGGUCAAAGAAGAGGACAUUGAUUUGGAAAACAAAGAUCUAGAUGGAAAUGGCAUCCAGGUGGAACCUGAACAAUGCUUGUUAGAUGAUGAGGUUGGUGCUGGUGUUGAUACUAAAACCCCGCUCCUUCCAAAAGUGCUUCUCUGGUGGCUGAUUCUAAAGAUAAGGGGGGACCUGAAAUCUCAGAACUGUUGGCAGACGAUACCUUGGAGGAUUCUGACAUAAAGGCUGCUGAUGAUCCAGCUCUGUGUGAUGCUGAUGUCUCAAUGGAGAACAAGAUGGAACAGGACAAUAUGGAUGACAUGGAUUUCCCUGAGAAUAUGGAUGACUUCGUUACAUUGGAUGAACUCGACGACAGUACUGGAGGGGACACGUCGCUGGAGUCAAAGGAUGCUUCAUGGGAUGGAAAAGUUGUCCAUAUUAGCCCAAUUAGAAAGGGCCAUGGAAACGUGGCGGUGGCCCUAUUGAAACUGGCAGAGCGAGCAAACGUGAAAGUUGUCGACCAUGCCAUAUCCUUCCUCAGACA